GCUCGGACCCAGUUAAGAGGAUGGACGCGCUAUUGGCUCUAGUGGACGGGGAUUUCCGCGUGCUGCUGGGCAUCGCGCUGGUGGCAGGCACGACGAUCCUGAUGCUACUCGCGAAUCUCAAGCCACGUGACAUGACGCCCGUGACGUUGCAGGCUCCCGCGAAGCCGGGAGACUUGCCCCCUACCGUGCAUCUGCCACUGGUCGAAAAGCAUUCGCUAUCGCACGACACGCGUCGCUUUCGCUUCGCUCUCCCGUCUCCGCAACACAUUUUGGGACUACCUGUGGGUCAGCACAUCUCUCUACGCUUCAAGGACAACGAGGGCAAACUGGUGAUGCGUUCGUACACGCCAGUAAGUUCGGAUGACACCAAGGGCUACGUUGACCUAGUGAUUAAGGUUUACUUCAAAAACGUGCAUCCGAAGUUCCCAGAUGGAGGCAAGAUGAGUCAGCACCUUGAGAGCUUGGCUGUUGGCGACACGAUUGAGGUGUCCGGCCCUAAGGGCAAGCUCUCAUACAUGGGCAAGGGCGAGAUCCACAUCAGACACCGCGUGCGUGACGUGGUGCCCGAGGUUCGUAAAGCUACAAAGAUCGGUAUGAUUGCCGGUGGUACCGGUAUUACCCCCAUGUUGCAAGUGAUUCGUCGAGCGCUGCAGGAUCCCGAGGACAAGACGGAGUUCUACUUGCUCUUCGCCAAUCAAACCGAGGCCGACAUUCUGUGCCGCGAGGAGAUCGAAGGUAUGGCUGCCAACCACACCAACGUCAAGUUCUGGUACACUGUAGACAAGGCCACGGAUGGUUGGAAGUACUCGACGGGCUUCGUGACGGCUGAUAUGAUCAAGAAGCACCUGCCUGCUGCAGCUCCGGAUGUCCAGAUCUUCAUGUGCGGACCUCCGCCGAUGCUCAAGUUCGCAGUGCUCCCAGCGCUCGAGGAGCUGGGAUUUAAACCAGAUCAGCAUUUCAGUUUCUAAUUUCAGUUUCCAAAUGUACGUUUUUAGAUACGCUAGAAGCAGAUAAUGAAGGAAUACAGAAAUGUGAAGACAACA